UUGUGACUGUUUCCGGGGUCUAUCGCUCUAAACUAUGCUGCCGGGCCAGUGCGAUAUCGCUCUCCCUUCUAGGCAUUUUGAUAACUGUUAAUCAAAGCUUUCCCCAUCCCACCAUGCCCCUGAUGAUGGAGGACGGUAUCAAUGUUGAUGAUCUCUUCGGGGAGCCUGCUUCCCUGGAGCUGGGGCUACCAACUACCACUUCCACUAAAGGUCUGGCCGAGCGCUUGGAUGAAAUGCGCUUGCUCGGUUGCUGCCAGAAAAUCGCAUGGUCCAAGUUAGGAUGCAUUGCCUACAUCGCCCAGGAUCCGUCCAAAGUUCAUGUUCGUUAUCUUCAGUGCCAGCCGACUGAUGGCAAAUGGACGCUCAGUGAUGAAACGCCCUUGCUGCCUGUCACGGAAGCCCAUGGUGGCACUGCCUUGGUGCAUCUGAGUUGGAACGAGUCUGGCUCUGAGUUAGCCGUAGUUGAUUUGUCCGGCCGACUAUCGAUUUAUUCCAUUCCGAUAGCACUCAACAGUGUUAACGGGCUUCGACCACCGUCCUUGGAACCCGACGAUAGUGCGCAGAUAGUCGGGAUGCUGUGGUUGAACACCCAACGCUCCGUGCAUGCUUUCUAUCAAGCCGCCAAAGUGCAAGGUCGCUGGGCUUACUCGCCAUAUCGUCGUCGGCCAAUUGGCCCCUUCCACCCAGCUAACAAGGCUGCGCUGGUCUAUAUCACCAGGUCUGGAAUGAUCAAGCUCUUGUAUCAAAACCCGGAUGGGAAAUGGGCCGAAAUAUCUGCCGAGCUGAAGAACACCAGUUACUCAGACCGGAUGUUGACCCACGCGGCAUUGACGGCGACCCAAAAUGGGAUUCUUGUUGCCACAUACUCAGCUUGCCAGAAGAUCUGUGUCUAUCGAGUGCAAAUCAACUGGAACCCUCCUCAAUAUGAUCCUGCACAGCAGCCUAAACAAACGCCUCCCCAAUUUCCGGUUCCCAGCUUUCGUUUCGCACAUUGUAAGGUCGAGACCUCCUGCAGCGUUCCUGGUCCCGUGCGAAACAGUGGGGAUCCUUCCGAUCAUCUUCAACCACCUUUUCCUAACUCUCUCUACUGCCUCACCCGCUUGGAUGUUAUCCUACCAACGUCUGAUAAUGCGGCAGGGUCCUCUGCCACCCCGUGGAUCGUUGCAACAUUUUCCAUCCUCCCUCAGAUCGCCCCUGAUCAUCCACACCAGCAAGGACCAUCAAGCAUUAUUGUUCGAUGGCAACUUGAAUCCGCGCCCCUUACUCUCCACCCCAAGUUCGAUGAAGUCACGACAAAGAGAAACAGCAUGCAGUUGAAGGCCAAAGCUGUUCUCAAUCGAUUAGAAGAUAUCUUUUGUGAUAGAUACGUCGUGUCAAUAGAUCACAUUGAAUAUGCCAAUGUGUUAGCCGUGACCUACGAUGACAGCUCUAUCUCUUUUUACGACCCAAAAACCAUGGCUGCAUUCAACGGGGUUGAUGACGCGAACACGGUGACUAGCCUGGCCCAAGCGGGUUUCCACUAUUCUCCCGACACUCCAGGCCUUCAUAUCAGCUUUUCACCCAGCGCCUGUGCUGCUGUUGUGUUGGACAGCAGCGGGCACGUCCAGCUUCGGGUGUUGGAGCACUCAUAUGGAGCAGACAAUGGUCUCUACGACGAGAAUAAAUUUUCAGCAGCUAUCGCUGCAUUGACAUUGGCAUUCUGUCGUGGAUGUGGAAGUGAAGUUAACACGGACGAUAUCUUAUUAAUAUUGAUACGUCAACUCUCCCCUGACGCUCAAACCUCCUUCAUCAAUGAAGUCUACCGCGCGCUGCCCAUCAAUUGUAACUUCACCGUGGAACAGGACAAGCUCAUGAACCACCCCUAUAUCCCACGUUGUCUCAGCAUUCAGGCUGCACUGGGCAACAAGGGCAAAAUUCAACAGCGAGGCUUCGCAUCUUCUGUCUCGUGGACUAUCCUCCAACUGCGCCACGCCUCGAUUCUCUACCCGUUCUUCUUUCAGUAUAAUAAAGGGGUUCAAGCAGAGCCCCAUGACCCUGAUGUCCUUCGUAUGGUCCUUGGUAACACCAGAUGGGCCCUUGACUUCUCACUCUAUAUCCUCCACGAACUCUUCAAUCUUGCCGACGAAUUUGAAGAUGUAUCUUCCGACCAAGAGGCUUUCAACCAGAAACUCAAAUCCACCAACUCUCUCUCCCUCAUAAUCCUCCUUUCCAGCAUGUCUCGGGCCUUCCUUCGCUUUAUUUGCCGCGGACUGCGCGGCAUUCACGCCGGCUACGCCAAUGCCCCGCUCACGGGCGACGCCCGCGUGUAUUACACCGAGAUCUGCCAGGCCGUAGAAACGUCGCCUGCGGCCAUUGACGUUUACGAGAAGUUCCUCGCCGGCGUCGACUCCGCCGUCCGCCACGCUUACCACGGCGCCGGGUUUGGCGACGCCGAACGCCCCGGCCCGGAGAAGGAGUUGCUCGUCAGCGCGCGCAUCCCGCCGGUCCUGGUGACCGCCGUCUCCACCAUCCUGCGGCAGACGAUCCCAAGCCUCCGGUCCGACGUGGACCGCAUGGAUAUCUACAUGCGCGACUACAGCUGGCUUGGGUUGGACUCGGACCGCCGCACGGAGCUGUACCGCCGCACCCGCGGACUGGACAUCAUCAAGAAGAUUCCCAUCCGGCCGAGCCCCUCCACAAACGGGACUGCACAACCGUCGCUGGGUGAGACCAAGUCGAAGGAUGGCCAUGCGGCGACAGGGGUGGCGGUGGGCCAGCCGCUACGAAGGAGGUGUGUGCGUUGCUGUGAGGUCUCAGAGGGGUCGUAUCCGCCGCGUUCGGUGCUGGCGUUCCGGAUGAUCUUUAAGUUGGGACAUUUACGGGCGUGCAUUUGUUGUGGGAUGUGGAUUCUGGAGUCCGGAUCUGGGUCGGCGGAGGUGGGAAAGCCGAUAGGGGCUUAGGUGUUUUUCCUCCCCUGACUUGCGUGGAAACCUAGUGGUGCUCAUGGCAUGUGCAGUGGACUUCCAGUUAAAACUCUGGGGAGGAUCUAGGGUAUGAUAAAUGAUGUAUGGACAGUUUAGGUCACGAGCGGCGUGUACAUAGACCAAUUGUCUUGGCACUGUUGAACUUAGAAUCGAAUUUUAAUUCAAG